AAGAUGGUGCUCUUGCUAUAUUUUAUCAAAGCAGCUUGAAAAACUGGGUGGCAAUUAUACAUUUCUUGAAAAUAGAAAUGAAGUUGUGGACAGUGGUGCAAUAUAUGCAAGAGCCCAAUCUGUUGUUAAGCUUAGCGGAAUCGGAACAUUUGAAAAUAACUCAGCAAAUAAUGGAGGUGCAAUUUUCCUUGAGGAACAAUCUCGACUUGAACUCUACAAUGAAACUAAUCUACACUUUGUAAGCAACACUGCCGUAAACGGAGGUGCCAUUUUCAUUGGAACAUCUGUCAAUCAGAUUCAGUGUGUUGAUCCGAACAUGUGUUUGUUUGGUCCUAUCAACCCUGGAAGUCUUAACGUAUCUCUCACAUUUCAACACAACACAGCAUACCUUGGGGGCAGUGUCAUACAUGUCAACUUUGAUAUUAUAGAUAACUCAGAGAUUACGUAUCCAGCUUUGGAGGACUUGGAAGAAACACUCAACGUGCAGCCAGGAAAUUCAGUACCUGCAUUUGCAUCUGAUAACUAUUGGUUCUGUUUUUGUGAAAACGAUUCAAGAAAAAGUUGUACAAGAAAUCUAAUGCAUGUAUCAGCAAGCAAGGGAAAGCCAUUUUCUGUGAUGGUGAGGACGCUCACAUUUUAUGGAGACAAUAUGUCAGAACCAGUUCGAUUAAGGAAUUUGCGGUCUACAUUGGAAUCGAUUGACGCUGAUGACAAUACGUCUUUUCUACCUACUGACGGGAAGCUUCAAAGUGUGAGUCCUGAAAAAUGCAUGACUGUCAGUUUUACUGUGAAAUCCAAGGCAGACACAAAAGUCCUUAAAUUGAAUGUGGGCGAGUCCAACGACAAAACACUUUAUGUAAAAGUACAUUUCAACGAGUUGUGUCCAGAGGGUUUUCCACUUGGCGUAAAUAAUGCCAGCUGUGUCUGUGACAAGCAAAUCAGUAACUUUCUACAAAGCUGUGAGAUAACGGAUGACAACUUUCAGAAGAAAAUCGAAUUUCAAAACUAUUGGAUGGCACCAGCAAAUCAAUCUAAAUAUCAAGGAGCAAUGAGUUGGUAUUAUAGCUGCCCUAACAGAUACUGUAUUACAGAGGGAAGCUUCACUUUUUCAGACAAUGAUAUUUGUGUUAACAAUAGGUCUGGUGUACUGUGUGGAAGCUGCAAAAUGAACACUAGUUUAAUGCUUGGUGGAGAUGUAUGUGGGGACUGUUCAGAUAAUGCACACUUGGCACUAUUGGUUGUUUUUGUAUUAGCUGGAAUACUAGUGGUUGCUUUAAUCUUCCUAUCGCAAAUGACAGUGGCUUCAGGAACUAUAAAUGGACUCAUAUUCUAUGCCAACAUUUUGAACAGCAAUCGAACUGUGUUCUUCCCAGUGGGAUUCUUCCGUGGCUAUACAAUCUUCAUAUCAUGGCUGAACCUUGAUUUCGGAAUCGAAACAUGUUUCUACGACGGCAUGAAUCAGAUUGCAUACAGUGGACUAUUAUUUGUAUUCCCAGUCUAUAUCUGGAUACUAGCAGGCCUGAUUGUUGUUCUAUGCCGAUACUCGGCACGGGUAUCGAAGUUUUUCAGUGCCAGCGACCCUGUAGCUGUUCUUGCUACCAUAAUCUUGUUGUCUUUCAACUCACUAGCCCAAAAUAUCCUCACCCUUUUCUACUAUUCACCCAUCAAACACCCUGGUAACACGAGAACAGUAGUUUGGAGAUUCGACGGAAGUGUUGAUUUUGCCUCUGGGCGUCAUUUGACUCUUAUCAUAAUCGCAUCAGUGUUUCUCCUAUUGCUACUGGCAUACACACUUGUACUUUUUUUGGCCCAACUUUUGCAGAAAAGUGAAUUCAUCUCGAAAAUCCUUCAACGAUUGAGACUCCAGCCUUUCAUACACGCAUACUUGAUCCCUUUCAAACCCAACUAUCGCUACUGGGCAGGACUUAGUCUAUUGAUGAGAGUCAUGCUACUAACCAUAUUUGCAUUCGGAUCCGGAGAUAAUCCGCAUACAAAUCUUCUUGCUAUCAUUUCCAUCUGUAUUGUUGCUAUAACUAUGUUUAAGGUGACUGGAGGAAUAUAUGACAAGAGUUGGAUUGACACACUGGAGAUGUCCUUCUUGGUGAACCUAGGUGUGCUUGCAGCAGCUACCUCAUAUUCUCUGAUUUCUUCAAUCAAUGAUCAUAGAGCAAUUGCCACAUACUUAUCGAUUUCGAUAGCACUGCUAACCUUUAUCGGGAUUAUAGUUGUGCAUGUUUACUGGCGACUCAAGAAGCUACCAAUGGUGAAGGAGAGGAUGGAAGCUUUUGCUAAAAAAAUACGAGGAAUAAAAUUAAUCAAGAGCCGAAAACGAAUUAUAAAUGAGCCGGUUGAAUUGGAGGCUAACAAAGUCACACAGAGCGUGGCUGAGCUGACACCUGUAACUGAUCUGAGGGAGCCAUUGCUGGAAAGCCAAAUACAUUGAAUUCGAUUGUCCCUAUAAGAAUAUAAAGCUGUAUGUCCAUUUUGUUCCUUAUAUAACAUUGUUAGUACCAUCAUAGAUACUGUACCAUGUACCACAUGCAUUUUGUUUUGAUGUAAUUUGUAAUUCAGUCUUACUGAGUAGAUACUAUUCUAGCUGUAUCUCGAUCGUAAGGUUUAGACUUUUGUUGUAUCAUUUUAGACGAAGCAUCAAUUUUGUUUCUACAUCUUCAACUGCAUGUUAUUAAUUUUUUGACAUUCAUUUCUCCAGCUAAAAUGAAUAAACUUAGCAGUGACAUUCUUCUCACCAUAUAUAUAAAUAUCAUUAGAAAUUAC